AUGUCAACGGGAACCAUUCUCGACCCCAGUGCUUACUCUUCCAACAACGUGCGUAAGCUCGGAUCCGACAUAGCUAAAAUCUGGCUAUUUGGUCCCUCACAGCGCAUGUUCUUCUAUCCAACCAAAACUUUGCUUCUUUCUUCAUCGCGAAAUCUCGUCUUUUUCGGCAUUAGAACAGAAGAAACGGAGCACUUAAAGAAUUUUCGGGUACCCAAGGCUCUUGUAGUAGCUGCAGAGAAAACACCGUUAAACGUUCACAGGUUUGAGACUUGACAUUUGCAAAUGCUCGACAGUCCAUUAAAUAUUUGCGUGGACUGCUCCACUAGUCGGCAAGUGAAACCCGAAUGGCUUGUAAACUGAUAACGUGAGGUAAUUCCAAUAAAAUUUCCACAAUGUGAAUUUAGCGUCCUUUUAUUUAUGUUUGUUUAAAAAGAUUAAAAUAGACUCUUCAAUAAAGCGACUUUGAACUGAGAUAUCGUGGGGAAAAGAAGACAGCUAUAAAUGUUUACGACAUGAAGCUGAAGUCUUUAUUCAUACUCGGCUACUUCGCGAGAAUACGAUAACGUGGAAGUCGAAGGAUAAUUAGGAAUGUGUCUUGCUUCUUAAAUUGUAGCUGGCAAAGAUAGCGGUGUAUUUUUAUUUUCUUUUUCCUGACUUCAAGUCUUAAAUUUCUUGUCAAUUUUAGAUAUGAGGCUAAUGUAUUUUAUUGGGAAAACUGGGGAAUCUAGUUAUUCUGCUUGAAUAGUGGAGCAAAUGUUGUUUUGGGAUCGCUGAAAUCGAGAAUCGGCCAGGCGUGUUUUCUCCAACAUUUGUAGGAAAAAAACCGUUCACACGCUAGACACGCCGCACCUUCACAAAAAAUACUACCGAAUACAUCAACAGCUGCCAGAGACGACCACGUGACAGGAUCAGCUAAGGAUUUAGACGGUCUAUUUUGA